AUGAGCGAAAAUCCUGAAAAUAAGGAGCCGCUCAUUAUUGAUGGAUUCGAGAUCCUUGAGGAAAUUGGAAGCGGAGGAUUUAGCAGAGUUCAUUUAGCAAAACAUGUCGCAACAGAAGUAUAUUCAGCAGUAAAAAUCGUUAAUUUAGGCGCUCUCCAGGAAUCAGAGUUCAAUGGAAUUAUGCGAGAAAUUAGCGUAUUUAUGCAAACCGAACACCCGAACAUAUGUAGUUUGUAUAGAUUAUCUGUUUAUAAACAACAAUUAUAUUUUUUCAUGGAAUGUAUACCUAGGGGAACGCUACUUGGAUAUGUAAAUAGUAAACAUGGACUAAGUGAACAAGAAGCAUGCCCUCUUUUCAUUCAGCUUUUUUCAGCUGUUCGUUACUUACAUUCUGUACAUUUUUUAGCUCAUAGAGAUCUUAAGUUAGAAAAUGUUCUUAUUGAUAACAAUAAUAACAUAAAGUUAACUGAUUUCGGACUUGCCGGAACUGAUUAUUGCAAUAUUAUGAAAUCAUUUGUCGGAACACCAGGAUAUACGGCGCCAGAGGUUAUAACAGGCUCGGAUUACGAUCAGAAAUGCGAUGUUUGGUCGCUUGGUGUUUGCCUUUAUGCAAUGAUGACAGCAACGUUGCCUUUUACUCCACAAAAUACAAAUUAUCGAAUGCUCGUUGAAGAAGCAUCAAACAUUACUUUUCCAAUGUCAUUUUCAGCUCAACUUACCGAUUUAUUAAGAAAAAUGUUUACGAUAAAACCAUCAAAUCGUCCAACACUUCUACAGCUCCAAAAUCAUCCUUGGCUUCACGGAUUAAAGCAAUCUCCUUAUAAUGUCACGCCAAAGCCCAUAGUUUUUUAUCAAGUUGAUUCAAUAGAAGACAUUUCAAAAUUCAAACGCCGCAAAAUAAAACCAGACGCAAAUAUUAUUAAAAAAUGCGUCGAUUACGGCAUAAAUAGUGAAGAAUUAACUCACGAUCUUGAACUUGGACAUAUUACCGAUAUAACCACGACUUAUUUCUGCCUUUUGCAUCCUUUAAUGGAAAAACCAGAAUUUCAUAAGCCAAAGGCUAUGAUGAUCCCUACUAAAAUUUCGCACAUGCCAAGUAAUGAAAAGAAAUAUACCGCGUUACAUAAGCUUGCUCCAAGCCCAAUUACUAGUUCAACAACAACAUUGAAGUCAGCUGGAAAAGCAAUGAUUACUCCCCCGAGAAGAGUUCAGUUAAGACACUCUAAUGGGAGAUUUUAA